UGCUUUCUUAUUCAUUUCUUGUGCUUUUCUCCAAAACAUAUCCAAUAUGGCUAAACACAAUAAGCUUCUCAGUUGCGCUUUCAUUUUUUUUCUAAGUAUAGGCCUUUGCUCUGCAACUAGGGCUCUUCUCACUUAUGACACAGGCCAUGGUGGUGAGAUAUAUGGAGAUGUCGCAGUUGGAGGUUAUGGGGGUGGUGCUGGAGGGGGUUCAGGCGGUGGUGGUGGAUAUGCUGGUGUAGGAGAACAUGGUUCCGCUGGUUAUGGCAGCGGUGCUGGUGGUGGAGAAGGUGGUGGUGCUGGAUAUGGAGGUGAAGGUGGUCAUGGAGCUGGUGGAGGCGGUGGAAGCGGUGGUGGUGGCGGUGCAGCGCAUGGUGGUGCCGCUGGAUAUGGAAGUGGUGGAGGUCAAGGCAGUGGUGCAGGGUAUGGUGGUGGUGGUGGUGCAGAGCAUGGAGCUGCUGGUUAUGGUGGAGGUGGAGGUGGAGGUGGUGGUAGUGGUGGUGGUGGUGGCGGUGGCGUUGGAUAUGGUGAUGACCACGGGGCUGGUUAUGGAGGUGGUGCAGGAAGUGGUUCAGGUGGUGGUUAUGGAGCUGGUGGUGCAGGUGGUGGAGGAGGCCAUGGUGGCGGAGGCGGUGGUGGAGGAGGCUCUGGUGCUGGAGCUGGAGGAGCUCAUGGAGGUGGAUAUGGUACUGGUGCAGGAGAAGGUGGAGGUUAUGGUGGAGGAGCUGGAGCUGCAGGUGGUGGAGGUGGUGGAGGCCGCGGUGGUGGUGGCGGAGGUGGAGGAGGAGCUGGUGCUGGAGGUGCUCAUGGAGGAGGAUAUGGUACUGGAGGAGGAGAGGGUGGUGGUUCUGGUGGUGGAUACGGUGGUGUUGGAGGCGGUGGUGGUGGCGGCUCUGGUGGUGGUGGCGGCGGCGGAUAUGCUGCUGGAGGUGCACAUGCAGGUGGCUAUGGAGGUGGUAGCGGUGCAGGAGAGGGUGGCGGCCAUGGUGGCUAUGCUCCAUGAAAUUAGAAUUUACGUAUUUUAUCGUUCGAAAAAGAGCUUAUUCUUACUCAUUAAAACUAUGAAAAAUAAUAGCAUGGGUAAGAGACCUUUUAUAUUUAUAUAAGUAUCACGAAUGCCAAUUGUAUGCUCUUUAAAAGUUGUAUUUUCUUAAUGAUAUAUUAAUUAUGCAUUGUCCUGCA